CGCUUGAAGGAAGGCGGGGGCGGAGAGGGGGGGGGGCAGAAAACCAGCGAGGCCGCCCGAGGUUGCAGAGACCCAGCCGGCUCGGGAGCCGCAUCUGGCCGGACCGGGGAGGAGCGAGGAGGAAAGCCUAUAAAGCGCUCGGGAGCGCCGCGCACAAAGCCGGGCGAUGGCGUCGCUGCACGGGGCCGUCGGGCUCCUGGCCAUCGCAGCCGGAUCUCUCUUGCUGGCCGUCCACUUCUACAGCUUCACCAGGCCGACCCCCCUGAUUCCCAGCACUGCUCUUGGAGUCCUUCUGCUCAUUUUGUCGCUUCUUCUGGCAUACACAGGAGUGCGGAAGACCUUCCAGGAUGCUUCCGUGUUUGUGUCGCUCUGCCUGACGGUUUCGGUGCUCUGGUGCGGUUAUGGAGUGAUCCAGAUCCUGGCUGGGCAAGGAGUCCUCUCCAGCACUGCUGACCUGCGCAAUGCAGCUGUUCCUGGACUGGCAGCCUUCAGUUUGGGGCUGCUUCUCAUCAGCCUGGCGGGCUUUCUCCAGAAAGAGGUCCCCCUCGCCAUGAUAGCGUUUGCCAUUUCUCUGGCCUGCGCCCAUGAAAUUGCAGCCUUUUACAACGAGGCCUUCAGAACUUCUGCUGUGGCCUGCAAUUAUGUGAUUGUCUGCUUUGUCGGGGGCUACGUUGGGUUGGGGAGGAUUCUCUUUUUUCUAAGCCGUGAGAAAUUUGUCCUGCCCGGCACAGACCUGGUCAAGAAAGAGGCCGGCAACUGGCAGCACCCAGACGGCAGCACGAGCUCAAACGAGUUGGCUGCGUUUGGUUUGAUCCUGAACAUGCUCUCGGCCAGUGUCUUGGGCUGCAGGCUCCUGGGGGUGACUGAUGACCUCUUUGUGGGGCAGGUCCCCUGGCUGUGGGCAGGAGGGAUCUACCAGUUUGGGACCUCUAUCUUCUUCUAUCGUUCCCUGAAUGCACUGGCUGCCACUUUUUGGGGCUUCACCUCCCUCCUGAAGUUUGGGGAGGGCUAUUCCUUCUUGAUCUUGCUCUGGGUGCCCGAAGAGCCCAUCUUUCCCAUUCCAUUCUCGGUGGUUUUUGCUAUCCUCUUUACUGUCUUGGCCCUUUUCGUUGCCAUCGAAAGCCUGGCCGAUGGCGUCUACCUGCUAUUCUACGUGGCCUUGUGCAUUGCGCUUGCCUGCAGCCCACGAGGCUUUUUGGAAGGUGGCCCUCAGGGCGUGGCAGUGGGCAUUUUUGCGGCCUCUGCUCUCCUGGCUCUUCUUCACCUUUACAAUGAGAAUGCGACAGUGAAAAUCCCAAGGGGGAAGGGAGUGCUCAAGGAUUUGCUCUCCCGCCUCCAGGUUUGCAAGCUCCAGGAGGGGAAAGACCUCCACGCCCCUUACCUGGGUUACUCCAAAUAUGCUGAUGCCGAAGUACUGGGCUAUGCCUGCAGCGUGCUGGCUUCUUUUGCCAUGACUGUGGCAGCAAUGCCCAACUCCCCUCUUGCUAUAAUCGUCAUACCUUGGGUGGUGGUUGCGGGGGGACUCUUGAAGCUUCUGUGCGGCUCCAUGGCUUUCUCCCGAGGCAAAACUUUAGAGAGCUGUGCUUUUAUUCUCUAUGGGUUCAUGUGGAUUAUCUGGGGCAUUACCAGGUACGGGGGGCUGUACAGUGCUUCGCGGGGGUUCCAGGUAGCUGUGGGUAUUGUCUCGCUCAUGCUUUUCAAUGCCUUCCUCAUCCUUUGCACUCUCUUCCUGAGCAUCUCCUGGUUCAUCUACUCGCUCACCUUUGAGCUCAUACUCAUCAGCUUCUUGUUGGAUGCGGUUGGUGCUACCUCCGCUGGCUAUGACAUUGCUGUCACCAUCAUUUUCGGCUUGGUCAGCUUCUACUGUUUCCUGACUGCCCUGGUCAACGGCACUUUUGAGAGGCCUCAACUCCCCAUAGGACGACCCAUUGUGAGGCUCAGUGGCUUCGGGGGAGGAAGCAGCAAGUGCCUUCACCUGCCAGCCAGGAAAGCGUCGUCAGUCAAGCAAGUCGCAGAGAUAAUGAAGAAAGGGGGCAUCUGCGGGAUCCCCACGGACACGGUAUAUGUGCUUUCAGCAGCCUGCAAUCAACCUGAAGCUGUGGAGAAGGCUUACAACACAAAGCAGCAGGCUCAGGACCGUCCCAUGUCCCUCUGGAUUUCAAGUUUGAAACAACUGGAACCAGCCAAGCAUCUAUUCAACCCUGUCCUCUGGGAUUUCAUGGAUGCUGCAUGGCCAUCGCCUAUCAGCCUGGUCAUUCCCAGGGGUGAAUGGGUGGACUACCUGGGCAUGAAAGACUCUGCUAAAUAUGUUGGUACCCCUCAGAGCGUAGCUAUUCGCAUCCCAGAUUGCUCAGUCACUACCCAUCUGAUUGAUUUGGUUGGCCCAAUUACUGUCACAUCUGCCAAUCCUACAGGAGAAGCAGACACUACUCACCACAACCAGGUGUAUGCCAAGCUGGGAAACAAGGUGGAUGCUGUUCUUUGUGAUGGACCUUCUCCGGAGAACAUAGCCUCCACAGUGGUGGAUUGCACCAAGAUUGAGAGUGGGAACAUUGGGUUCUUUAGAGUCGGUCUUGUCCCCAAAUCCCAGGUAUUACAGAUUCUGGAGCAGGUCCAAAAAAGACACCAGUCAGGCCACAUCAACAGCACCCUGGCUCUGGAGGGCAAGGAAGAGCAGCAUACCCUGUUAAAAGCCUCCCUCAUCAAUGGUGCUCAUGUUCAGAGGAAGUCACCAACAUCGUAUACUAACAGUGCAUUUUGUGUUGAUGAGAGAGAUGAACCUCAGUGAACAAAAGUAGUCCAGAUGUAAACAUGAGUUGGUCCUCAAACUGCGCCCCAAAGCCCCUUUUGUUCAUCAAAGAAUGGGCUUCAUUCCAAUUGAACAUA